AUGGAUACAACUCCACCUCCAUAUUAUGUACCACCACUUCAAAAUAGAUCAUUUAUAUCUUCUAAUUCGGGUAGUGUUAACCAAAUUAAUCGAAUUCCUAUCGGAUCGUUACAAACGCCUUUGGAAGAAUUGCAUACCGAGUUUAUACUUCUACGAUAUCAUAAUUUCAAGCUUCAUUCAGUGGCUACUGUUAACUGUUGGAAAAACCAACAAACUCUACCGGUUCUUCACAUCAACAGUGAUCGUAUUCAUCAUUUAAUCUAUCAUCUACAGCAACACUAUUGA